GCCUUAAAUCCCAACUCCCCACCCUCCGUCUCCUUCAGGACUAAAACCCCCUUAAUCCUCCUUCUGUUAUUCAUCUCCUCCUUUCUCUAUCUCUUGCUUCCAUUUAGAAAGAAAUAAAUGAAACACUUGUAGCUUUUGCUUCCAAUUACCCUCGGAUCGUGGUCUGUUCGUGCAAGCUCGACCGACUUCUGCAUCAGGAGUUGGUUACUGAAGGAACCCAUCAUUAGAACUCCAGCUUCAUCAUUUGUGCAUCCCCACUUAUGCUAUACACCCAAUUCCAGGAGGAGCUCCUUUUAGGUCUCAGCAUCGUUGGUUAUUAAGCUUCGACACCACUCCGUCUGGUCGACCCCUAACUUUCACUCCCCACCAAAAUACGUACAUCGGCAACACUUGACUUCCACCAGAACUACUGCGGCUUCUAUAAACAACAACAGUAACCUUGCAAGCCAUGCCGGCCUGAUUCCCUUUUCCAAUCCAAUCUCCUACACAUUCUUCAUCCGCCUCCCUCGGCAAUUCUCAUCUUCUAAGAGCCCUUACUUAUUCCGUAAGUUGAGAAAUGGAGAAGGGAACGAGCAGCUGGGACCUCAGUUUGCUUCUCCAGGUGCUAACUCAAGGCGAAGAGCAAACUGGGCAGCUCGAAGCGCAACUAGACGAGCCUUCCUCCGCUGAACUGCGCAAGUCACUGGCGCAACAGAUACGGUUCAGCUUCAGCAAAGCCAUUUCAAUGGCCAAAUCGAUCAGCUCCGAGGGCUCGCAGCAGCCUCCAUGCCCCAACAACACCAGCUCGGGCUCGCUGCGAUCCGCCAGCGGGAGCCCCCGGAGCGAGAAUUCGGAGAGAGCCUUCAAGGAACACGAGCGAAGGGAGAUGUCCAAAAAGAGGAAGACUUUAGCGAGAUGGACAAACCAAGUGCGCGUUUCCUCGGCCGCGAACGCUGAAGGGCCAUUAGAUGAUGGUUUUAGCUGGAGGAAGUACGGGCAGAAGGACAUCCUCGGUGCCCAGCAUCCAAGAGGGUACUAUCGGUGCACUUAUCGCAAAAGUCAAGGAUGUCUUGCAAUGAAACAAGUGCAGAGAUCGGAUGAGGAUCCAACCAUCUUUGAUAUCACAUACCGAGGGACACACACAUGCCUCCAGGGGCUACGAGUGCACUCAGCAUUAGCACCCCAGGAACCAGACAUGCAGCAAAACCAGCAGAAUCCAGCAGCCGAUCAUGAUCUGCAGCAUUCUCAACAUGAUCAGCAGUUGCUCGAAAGCUUCCGGACAGGCCUCAAGGUGAAAACUGAAGGCUUGGAAAAGGAGGAUCAAGUACCCACUUCUUCUUCCUUCUCUUUCGCUUCCACGCCAGUCAGCAGUUUUAAGUCUGAAAACCAAAUCUUCUCCGCGCCUCCGACACUGGAGAACAAUUACAUGGCCAGUUUCUGCCCUUCCUUUUUCUCACCAACAAGCUCCGAGUCGAACUACUUCUCAGUUCCAUGCCAGAUGAACUUUGGAGGAAGAACUUCAGAACCUGACCUCACAGAGAUAAUCUCCGCUGCGACUUCAGUGACCAGCUCCCCUAUGGUUGACAUUGAUUUCAUGCUUGAACCACAGAUGGAUAUUGGAGCAAAUUUCUCAUUCGAUAGUUCCAACUUUUUCCAAUAAAUGAUGAAAACAGAACGGAUCACGGAAACGAGUGUCAAGAUGAGCCUGUUAGAAAUCCUAUCUAGUAAAGAAACAAAUUAAGAUGCGGAUAUGCAAGAAAAGAAGAGCACUGGAGGACAACUUAUGUUAAGGCCUCCCCUAGAAAAUGUCGAGUUGAUCUUGUUGCAGUAGUAUUCUACUACUAAUGUAGUUAAAACUUCCAAUAUCUCUUUUUUUUUUCUUUUUGUUUUCCUGUCAGCCCCUUCAUUGUAGCUGUGAUUGCUCAUUUUUCGAAACCAAUAAACCAUGUUUCGUGCUCAAUAUCUGUAAAAUAAGUAGUGAGAAUUAUAAUUGAAUUCGGCAAGGACUUAUUGUGGGAAGAGGUGACAAAAUGAGAAGUAUAUAAUGAACAAUUUUAAGGAACAUUAAGGCUCUAAUCCAGUAGGUUAGAGAUGAUAAUAUCUGUCUGAAAGAAUAACGUAUUUACAUAAACAAAGGUAUGCUGUUAACAGGGGCCGAGAAGAUAAGGCACCAUUGAAAGACUUGUAGUUGAUGAAUCAAGGAUGUGAAAAAAAGAACAUUAAACUUCAGUUUUGGGUUGCUUGAUUCAAAUGAGCAACAGAAACUAGCUUUCAUAUAAAAUUUGUACCUAUAACGAUUUUUUUUAAGGAUUUUUAUAAUGAUUGUCAUGGCAUAAAUAUAUAAACAAAUCUGACAUAGAAGCACCAAUAAGAAGUCAAAAAGGCAUGAUGGCUGAGAUGAUCUGCAGUGAUUACCAUCAUUUGACUGAAACUAGUCUGUCUACGAGCUAUCAGCACAGAAUUUAUUAGCUAUAAGCUUUCACAUUAUAGAAAGCAGCUAUACGAGUUAUCUUUUCAUAUUCCAAAUGCUUGUUGGAAUUUUUUUAUGGAAAAUACGCGUUCUUAUCAUUUCUUUUGCUUUGAAAGAGGAUAUAACAAGAUUUCUCUACACUCUAAAAUGAUUUAUACCAUAGCCCAUCAUUUAUCCCUAAUGCAAUGCCAAUAUCUUUGCUCAAAAUACAUCUUUCAAUCCAGUCUGAUACUUCCAUCUAUAUCAACUUAUAUCUUCCUAUCAAUUUAUUGUUGCCAUCUCUGUUUUCCAUCGCAUCUGAGCAAACCGUGACAGACAUGCAACCAAUCCAGCUAACCCCAUAAAUUUAAGUAUCUUUUUUUUGUUGUGUCGCAUAUUCAUCUCUACAUCUCAUCUCCAAUAGACUUAUUUACAUGGAGGAUCCUUAUCAACUCUAGUUUGUCGAAACAACAAUACCGGUCCCUCGACUGUCGCACAUUAAAUUUUCUUCAGUCUCACAGCAUUGUGAGAGUGAUCCAAUGCAAUAAAGCGUAUCGUAAAUUCACAUGAGGAAAUUGGACCUAUAAAGAAAAGACAGUGAAGAGGAUCCAGUGACAGAACUAAUUAUAGUCCAGAAUAAACUAAAACAUAAUCUUUGGAAUUCAGACAUAACUAACUAAGAUAAUCCAUUCUCAACAACAAAGCUGCAGCAAUUUAAACUCACCAUAAUGUCCUUUCCCUCAAUAAUUGAUCGAUAUUCAUCAGAAAGAUAAGCAAUAACAAGUUUGGAAUGAGGGGUUGGACAGGUAAAAAAUCAAAGACCAAGGAGCAACCCCCACAACCCUUUAGCAUGAAGAUCUGCUAACUCAUUGGCAUUCCUGAAUAUAUGGGUAAGAGAUAUCACUCAGCGGAGCAACAUCAAGAACCUGACCAGAUAUAUUGACGGCAGCUUUUACUGGCGCAAUGAUUGCCUGCAUCACAUUCUAUGAUUAGAGCUUCAUGGGAAGCUUUAUGGACAUUUUCUUAACAAGAAGGUCUUUGCCUCUGCCUCUGCCUCUGCCUGAAACCAACAAAAUUCUAGAGCCAAUGACAUACCCAACCGUAACAUAAGUCCCAAACGGGCUCUGAUUCCCUUCUGAAGACUACAAAUGAACUCCAGUUGCCUAAUAGACAAAAUUAGAAGAAAAUGCAGUAAUGAGGGCUCAGGGUGGCAGCGGCAGUGAGGGCGAUGCGGGUGAUGGAAGCGGCGGCGGGGUGCACAAAGGGGCAGGCGGCGAUAUGAGAGGCGGUGGAGAGCGUGGGGGCGGUGGCGACGCGGAUGAUGAAGGUCGGGAGGGAGGGAGCAGCGGCUGGGGAUGGAGGCGGCGUCGGGAUGCUCGAAGGGGAAGCCAACGAUUUGUGAGGCCAUGGAGGACAGCGUGGUUGUAGUAGUUGGCGGAUGAUGAAGGUCGGGAAGGAGGCGGAGGCGGCGGUGACGGUGCUGUGGAUGGUCUUCCACCAUUGCCGGUCUUUAGCUUGGAGGACUGGGGAUUAGGUUUGGGAUUGCUUUCUUUUGGAGAUAUGAGAAGGACUGGAGGAGGAGGGCGUACCGCUGGGCGUCGAAAUUGGGUAGGGGUUCGGUGAAGAUUUGAGGAUGGAAAGGCAGGGGAAGAACCCUAGCGAGUGGAGACGAGAAAGUGGAGAUCUAGAGAUCAGGUCUGGCGUUUUGUGGCCUGACUUCAGGCUCGAUUUGGGGCCUAGUCUGGGCUCAGUCUCGGGCCUGGUCUAGGUCGGGUCAUAUAACUAACUGAGCCCGGCCCGAAAUGUAUAGGGGUAUGAUUUUGAGCCCAAACGUGAUCCAAAACUAGCCGGGCCUAGCCCGUAGCCCGACCUGACGACGGCCCGGCCCAAUGCCUUGCAGGUCUCCCAGACCGAUAGCUUUUUCUUUUUUCCUUCAAUUCGGUAGAACACGGACCAAUAGCUUUUUUGCUUUUUUGGUACAUCUACAACUCACUAAUCUCACGAAAGCAUAGCCAAUGUUGUCAAGAGAAAGUAUACUGCUCAAUGGUGAAAGAACAUCCGACUCCCUAGUCCAAAGGACCUCUUCGGUGUGCCGAGCGGCGUAAAAGGCGACUCUGUUCGUCUCCCGGUACACAUACACGGCCACAGGCCGAUAGCUUUGAACUUUAGGUUUACAGCAGUCUUGAACUCAAUCAUGCGGCUGGUUUCAAACACAAA